CCCUUCCCUUCCUAAAGGAGCAAGCCACCCCUGCUCUAUUGGAGACAAGCAGGAAGCCCGAUUGGAUAACCAAGAGACCCCCGACCCGAAAUCCACCCGAAAAGCCACGUUUUCAGGAACUUUUGCCCUUUGGAGGGUGGUUGGAAGAAAAGAUUUCCCGACCAGGAAGGAAGAAGUUUGCUCUGCUGCUACUAAUCGACCUUGCAUGAAAAUGUUCAGCCUUUGUCUUUGGUAAAAGUAAAAUUGGAGAACACCAUGGAUCCUUUGUACAUACCCACCACAUUUCCAGAUGCUAAUGUCUCCUUUUUAACAAAUGCAACAGUUAUGGAUUUUUCUGCCUCCUCCAGUAUCCACUCUGCCUUCAUUCCAAUUAUUUACCUUCUGGUUUGUGUUAUUGGACUGAGUGGGAACACCUUGGUCAUCUAUGUGGUUUUGCGUUAUGCCAAAAUGAAGACUGUGACCAACAUUUACAUUCUAAAUUUAGCCAUUGCUGAUGUACUCUUCAUGUUGGGCUUGCCAUUCCUAGCUACCCAGAAUGCCAUCUCCUAUUGGCCCUUUGGGACAUUCAUGUGUAGGUUAGUGACUGCUUUUGAUGGCAUUAACCAAUUCACCAGCAUCUUUUGCCUGACUGUCAUGAGCCUGGACCGCUAUCUUGCAGUUGUCCAUCCUAUUAAAUCUACUAAGUGGCGCCAGCCAAGGAUAGCCAAAUUGAUCAGCAUGGCAGUCUGGACUUUAUCCUUUUUGGUGGUCCUUCCCAUGAUUAUAUUUGCUGAUGUCCAGGAAGAUUUUCAUACAUGCAACAUGAGCUGGCCUGAUCCAGUUGAGAUAUGGUCAGCUGUGUUCAUCAUAUAUACAUCUGUGUUGGGUUUCUUUGGUCCGUUGCUGGUGAUAUGCCUCUGCUAUUUGUUGAUUGUCAUUAAAGUGAAAUCAUCUGGGAUCCGAGUUGGCUCUACAAGACGCCGGCGGUCCGAGCGGAAAGUGACCAGAAUGGUGGUCAUCAUAGUUGUGGUCUUUGUUUUCUGCUGGCUCCCCUUCUACAUUGUGAAUAUUGUCAACUUGAUAUUCAUCUUGCCAGAGGAACCAGUCUUGGUGGGCGUUUUCUCCUUUGUGGUAGUUCUGUCUUACGCCAACAGCUGUGCCAAUCCCAUACUUUAUGGAUUUCUUUCAGAAAAUUUCAAGCAGAGCUUUCAGAAGGUCCUGUGCCUCCAUCAAGGCAAUAGCAUUGAAGAUGGUGACCCCACCGAACUCCAGCAGGAGAAGAGUAGCCACCUGAAGGAUACAAUACUGCCUCAGAGGAAUGAUGAAUCCAAUGGUCACAUGCUGACUAGCAAGGUGUAGAAAGUCUGUGACUUCAAGAAAGCUGUAUCUUAAUUGAAGCACAUUAUGACAGUGCAUACUGCAAGUGGACCAGGCCAGGAGAAGGUGGUCGCCUCAUCUUCAUGCUUAAUGUACAGAGAUUUUCUUUCCCAGCCCUUUGUUCCUAUGUUCACCCUGGCAUUCUGGGUGUCAUGAAAAGCUUCAGAAAUGGUAACCCAAAA